AUGCCAUUUCCAUUCGUUCUACCCACAACUUCGGCCUUUUCCUUCUCGUCGUCGUUUAGCUGCGAUUCUCACCCUUCACUGCCCCUCAGCGCAAGCACAUACCGCGGGGUUGUCAGAGACGCGCUUAAGAAGCACAAGCGGCUCCCUCCUCCAUCGCAGACGUCGAAUCUCCGCACUGUCAUCUCCAGCUUGGAGCAGUAUCUUCCGUAUCUGCUGGCGAUUGAUGCUGGGCUAAGCAACCAGUUGGUUGGCGGCGAGGCCGUCAGCACCAUAUUGGAAACGACGCCGUCCAUCUCAUGGAGACCAACGCUUUCUGGCGACAUUGUGCCGGGGCGUGAGCGCCCCCGAGUCAAGAUUAUGUCUCUCGAGCAUGAGAUUUAUUUUACUCUUUCUACUUUGGGCUUCGCCCAUGUUUUAAUGGCCAGGGCGACGCUUCAACCCCUUUAUUCCACAACUACAGAGUUCCAGGGCACGCAAGAACGGACAACUGCCAUGACAACGGGAACCAAGUAUCUGCUAGAAUCAGCUUCCAUAUACAAUUACAUUGCCGCAAGAAGUGAGCAAGUUGGUAGCAACCCCCCUUGCGCUGACAUCUCUCCUGCGACUCUCCGUGCUUUGGCCUCUCUGUGUCAUGCAGAGGCAACGUUGCUGGCCGUGUUGAAAGAUGAUCCUUAUCUUGCAGCUGUAGCCCAGGAUAGGAACAAGAACGAUAAGGAGUGGAUGUUUAAGGCUCCGGAUAUUCCGAAAGUUAGAGCUCAUCUCUAUGCUCGUCUCUGCCUAGCUGCAUCUGAGCAUGCUGCAAAAGCUGCGGCAUUGUGUCAGUCAGCCAAAUCCGGAUCAACCGGCAUUAGUCCUGGAUUCUUACGAUAUCUCGAGGACUUACGGCGAACUAGUCGAGCAAAAGCUUGUCGGUUCUUUGGCAUUGACGCUGAGCUGGGAGGAGAGGCGGCGGAAGGCAUUGCUUGGGCGCGCGCCGGUCUACACGAACUUGGCGUGGAGGUCAAGGAUGAAAAGAAAGGACUGGGCUUUAGUCGUGCGAUUAAAGGGCUCAGCGAGAAGAGAGAAGAUCGCCGGGUUGACAAAGAGGCUGCUUGGGGGGCUGAUGCCGGCAAGUCGGAGGAGACUAGAGUUCUCGAAAUGCUUCACGCGAAGUGGAACAAGAUUAAUGAUACGAUGAACACACGGCCUAUUCCACCGAUAGGUGCACUAAUAAACAAAAUGCCAUCAGGCCGCGAGAUCCAUACAGUCAAGCCCUACCAGCCCCCUGUUCUAGAUCGAGAGGUGUUGGAGGCUAUGCGGGCUCCUCCAGACCAAGCCGAGGACGUUGGCGGAGAGGCGAGCUCUGACGACGAAACCUUGGUAGAGGGGCCGGCUUCUACAACUGGCGGUGCGCCUAGGAGCUCAUAUUACUAG